CACACUGCCAUGACAGAGCUCAACGAGACUGACUUUCACAUCCAGAGGUCUUUAGCAGCACUUGGCAAGCCAAUCGCUUUGUUUUAUCAUUGUUGUACACGGUUUAGGCAUUAAGCCAGGAUUGUACCUCGCCAAUGGACGCUUCAUCAACUCCCGCAACCGCCGACUUCUCCUCAACGCCCCCGAAACGCACUAAGAUCGUCCUUCUUGGCGACCAGAGCGUCGGGAAGACCAGUCUUAUCACCAGAUUCAUGUACGAUACGUUUGACAACACCUACCAGGCCACCAUCGGCAUUGACUUCCUGAGCAAGACUAUGUACCUGGAGGACCGGACGGUGCGGUUACAGUUAUGGGAUACUGCAGGACAGGAACGCUUCCGUUCACUAAUACCAUCGUACAUCCGAGAUUCGUCCGUAGCUAUAGUCGUGUAUGAUAUCACUAAUCGGCAAUCCUUUCUUUCAACGUCAAAAUGGAUAGACGACGUUCGGUCAGAACGGGGGAACGAUGUCAUUAUUGUGCUCGUCGGUAAUAAGGCUGACCUGUCGGAGAAACGGUUUGUAGAAGCAAUUUCUUCAGUCUAUAAUACGCAGUUGUCUGACACGGCAAUCAGCCAAGUCACUGUAGAGGAGGCAACUGCAAAAUCGACACAAAUGAACAUCAUGUUCAUGGAAACAUCAGCGAAAGCUGGACAUAAUGUAAAGAGCCUGUUCAAAAAGAUUGCUCUAUCAUUACCUGGGAUGGAGAAAGAAGGCCAAGCAGAUGCUCAGAAUACAAAAAUCGAUGUUACGACACAGCAGGCCGCCACCGUACCAGAGGCAUCACAAUGCAACUGCUAAUUCCGUGUUUUCCAUGUGAUGAUACGUACUACCCACUCGUGAUACCUAUUUUACUUGCUCGUGUUACAAACAAGUACGC